AUGUCUAAAUUCUCAUCUCUUUUGAUCCAAAGAUUAUCGCAAAGUAAUAUAAAAGUGACUGAGAAAUGUACAUACUGGAGACCAAUACUGAUAUGUCUAUCAAAUUGUGAAAAUGGCCAGGAUACGAGCUCCUCAAAAGUUGAAAGUUAUUUUGAAGGAAGGGCCCUGAAUCAAUAUUUUAUCCAAAAAAAGAUAGCCGAAACGUCAAAUUCCACCUUGUGGAGGUGUUUUGAUGUCGUAGAAAACCAAUUUUUUUGCAUUAAAAUAUACUAUAUAACAGCCUGCAGAAAGGAAAGAUCAGUCAGGUUUUUCAGAGAUGACACUGAAGUAAUAACAAUGCUUGACAAGGUCGUGGACGAAAUCCUAUACCACUCAUCACUACAGUCAUGUUCAGGCGUAUCAAAGGUGAAGGAAAUCAUAGUUGAUUUGGAGGGCGACAUGAUUUUUUUCAUCAUGUCGUAUCAUCACUAUCAGCUGAUGUACUAUGAUUACAUGUCAAAUACAUAUCUUGUACCAUAUUCAGAUAAUUCAGGAAACAAAUACCUCUAUAAAGAGGAAUACGCUAAAAUAAUCCUAAGACAGCUGGUUCAUACUAUUCAGUAUUUCCACGAAAAUGGAGUAAUCCACAAGGAUAUUAAACCGGAUAAUCUACUCUUGACUGAUGUUGACUCUACAAUGUUUGAACCAAUUGGGUCUCCUGACGAAACCAAUUCUAAUUCUUUCAUUGGUGACGAAUUAAUAACCUGUGAUGCUUCAAAAUUUAACAUUGAUGAAAUGUUUGAACAACUAGGAGAAUUGAAAACGAGUGAAAUUCUCAGCUAUAGAGUUGAUGAAAUAUCUUGUUCUUUCCCCAGGGACAUAGUUUCACACGGCUUCCCCUAUUGUUAUUCAGACCAGUUUGAUUUUUUUUACAUGAUGUGGGACGAUUGUGAUACACUGAUUGAUAUAAACUAUUUAAAAAUAAGGAAGGGUGAAUUUAAUAUUGGCAAAAAUUCCUGGCUGUUUGCUUCAGAGUUUCCUAAAACAACACAACUUGGCUCAAGAAACCUGUUAAGUUACUUUAUUGGGGAACCUAACAGCUUAAAUUACAAGGUGAAUCGCAACCUUAUUUCCAAAGAAAUUGAAAAGUUACCCAAAGUUCCACUUCACUGUGAUCAGGAAAAGAAUAUUGUUAUCGUUAGUGAUUUUGGAGUUGCCAGUCUAGCUGAAGAGGAGUCUGGAAAUCUGGUUAUUUUUGACUCUGAAGGAACGAUUUCUUUCACAAGCCCUGAGAGUCUCAAGUAUGUUGAAGGCUCCAUUCCAGCCUCUGAAAGAGAUGUUUUUUCUCUAGGGGUUACUCUUUACUGUAUGAUAUACGGGAAUUUACCCUACACUGGAAGAAAUGGUAUAGAAAUGCUGAUAAACAUUCUUGAGACCACACUUGUUUUUCACCCUUUUCGUGAAGUAUCCGAGGAACUAAAGCUUCUCUUAAAUCAUAUGUUACAUAAAGAACAUGAAAAGAGGAUAAAAUUGCAAGAUAUUCCAUUUCAUCCAUGGUUAAAUUCUUAA